AUGAGUACUUGUGCCAAAAUCCACAAGGACUUGAGUGGCAAAGAUGUUGAUCAAACUUUUAAGAAGAUCAUUAAAUAUGUGGAUGGAACUACUGAUUUUGGGCUACAAUAUACGCAUGACAGCAACACCAAUUUGGUUGGAUACAGUGAUGCCGAUUGGGCUGGGUGUAUUGAUGAUCGAAAUAGUACCUUUGGGGGAGCUUUCUAUCUUGGAAACAAUCUGAUGGCUUGGCACAGCAAGAAGCAAAUCUAUGUCUCUUUGCCUACAGUUAAGGCUGAAUAUGUUGUUGCUGGUAGCUCUUACACUCAAUUGAUAUGGAUGAAGCAAAUGCUUAGUGACUAUGGUACCCUCCAUUAUAGGGACAUAUCGAACUUGAACAAGCUCGAUUUCACCGAUUUGGAAGUAUCUGGAAGAAGCUACCUGAAGUGGAUUCAAGACAUGAAGCUUCAUCAUAUUGCAAAGGGUAUUAAAGCCGUCAUCAAGGCACUCAUCAAUGACAAACCUGUCGACGAAGCUUAG